UAGUUUUUCAUGAUCAUCAUAACUUGAAAACUUUUAUAUGUAAAGCCUUGAUUUGGUUCAAAAUGGAAGGUGAAAAUGUGCAAGAAAGUCAGCUGAAAAGUGAAGUAGAUGGUCUUCAAGGCGAUAUUAUUGCAUUAGAGCUAUCUGAUGUAGCGGAUAACGAAAAUACUAAUGUCUGUAAGAAAGAUGAGGCAAAAAUUUCGCAAGACGUUCAAGACAAACAUGUCGAAAGUGAAAGUUUUGAGCUGCCAAGUGAAGCUCUUGCAGAAAAAAUCAUUCGCCAAGCUGAAUUUUACUUCUCGGAUUUUAAUAUAAUUAAAAACAGUUUUCUUCUGAAGCACAUUCGCCGUAAUAAAGAAGGUUUUGUGAGUCUUAAGUUGGUUGCUUCUUUCCGUAAAGUUAAAUCUUUAAGCAAAGACUGGAGAGUAGUUGCUUAUUGCUUGGAAAAGUCUAAAAUAUUAGAAUUAAAUGAGGAAAAGACAAAAAUUCGUCGCAUUGAACCUAUACCGAAGCUUGAGGAUACCAGCUUUGGUAAAACAGUCGUUAUUUUCAAUCUACCUUUCCAAGAUCCAAGUUCCGAAGGUCUGAAAGAACUCUUCAGUAAAUUUGGAACUGUAGUUUAUGCUGGCAUUUUGACAACCGGUUCUGACAAGUGCAAUGUCUACCACAAACGAUGUUUAUCUUUUCAUCGAGAAAUAGCAUCAACGACAUUUGGAGUAGUCGAAUUUGAUAAAUAUCAGGAAGCUCAAAAUUCUAUAAAAGAUGAAGAUGGUCAUUUACCAAAAGAAAACAAAAUGAAGGUUGUGCCUUUAUUGGUGCAGAUUUACAGAAGUAAGUCAAGAAAUUUUAGAUUUAAGACAUACCCUCAACAUCUAAGACGCGGAUAUGGAAGAUAUGAAUCAAAAAAUUUCCGGAGAGAAAUUCCGAUUAGCGAUGACGGGAAUGAAAAAAAUAGAUCAAGCGCUACUGAAAAUAUUCUCAAUGAAGAAUCUAAUUUUAAAAAAGGAUACUUUCGACGAUCAAACCGAUGGAAGAAAGGAUUUCAGGGUUCAGGCCAAACAACUAUCCAGGGUAAAUUUGGAUAUCCUGGUGAAGGCAGAGGUCCGAAUAGCAGCCUACAAGUACAAAACCGCCAACUGAAAACAAAUAAUAGCAUGAAUAUUCAGAGAUCAGUCAUUGCAACUCGCAAUCCGAAAGGGCCUGAUCGUUCUACUGGAUUUCUAGAAACACGAGUUGAAGUGUAAGGAAAAGAAAGAAUUUCUUAAAAGGAGAAACGUUAAAUGGGAUAUUUCUUUUAAGCACCGCAUAUUUAAGAUGCAUAGAAUUUGGUCAAGAAUGUUCAUAAAAUAUGCUAAAAAUUAGCGGAAGAAAUGACAAGGAACUUAGCAUGCAUAUUUACAUAUAUAAAAGUUUUCAAUAUUUAGGCAUUUGCGAUUUCAAAAUCCUUAAAUUGAAUUAUUGCGAGACAAAGAACACCCAACAUGUUUUUUUAACUAAACCAUGGAAUCUUCAUGCAAAGUUUUGAACAAAAUUCUUCAGAUUCAUAACAAAUUGCAAGAGAAAGUAGGAGAUACGUACCUUGUAUUUACAUGUUUGUGACUUACUGAAAAAAAAACUAAAUUGUAACUCAUCUAAAUGAAAUACAUAUUCGGCUAAUAAUAAAAUGCUCGUCUGCUUCAAGAGAUUUAUAUUUUAAAGUUUUUAAACUAAAAAUUACAUGUAAUUAAUUGUGC